AUGACUCGCCUAAGACGAAUUGAUCGGCUGUUGCUAGCUGAAUGCUCUAGCGAGUCACUACCAAUGGACGAAGAUGACCAAGAUCUUCUCAUUGGCCAACUUUCGGCAGAAAAUGACGGUAAUCACGCAUUGUAUACCCGAAUCUUGGUUUCCUCAAUAGUAAUCGAGUUUCCUAUCGUGGCGUUUCUCAUACGAGCAAUUAUUAGUCGAGAGGCAAAGUAUACAGUCCAUUUCAUGCUUCUGAGUCUUCUCUGUUUGAUUGGAGCCCUCUAUGAUGUUUCUGCGGUGGGAGCUCGCUUACAACAUAGUCCAUUGGUGCCUACCUCCUUGGUGCAUGGCUUAUUCUCAUUCAAACUGCUCUGUGUGGUCAACGGCCUACUAUUGGUCCAGUUUUACACGGGAAUUUAUCGCCAGUAUGGGUACAAGAAUGUGUACAUGUUUCUAGUGAUGCCUCUUGUCAACUACAUCAUGAUGAUUCUAGUCAGAAAAUGGCAUGCGCUGACCGCAGCCAAUAUUCAGCAUCUCUAUGGGCUACGCUAUAAAUUCAAGAGCGCUUAG